AAAAUUCUAAUUGUAUGAAUAUGCAGAGUUGAGUUGUGAGAUUUUGUAAAAAGGACCAACGUUGAUCUGCGUUUCAAGUUUUCAACUUUUUAAUCAACGUUUGGUCUGAAAGCAAAAUUAACACAACUCUUGAUUAAUUUAAUUAAAUGGCUCCAACAGGAUGCAGCUGCUUCCCUGUCACACUGGAGCGAUCCAAAAAGGGCAGCUUCAAGUUUGUUAGGAAUUCUUCCUCUCUUUCUGGUUCAUCUAAAUCGUUAUCUUUAAAGAAAAAGAGUAGUAUCCAAGAGAAGAACUCAGAGCUGAUUGUUUGCUUUGGGGAGAUGUUGAUCGACUUCGUCCCGACUAGUGCCGGAGUUUCCCUUGCAGAUGCAGAUGGUUUCAAGAAAGCUGCUGGUGGAGCUCCAGCCAAUGUUGCAGUUGGAAUUUCAAGAUUGGGAGGCUCAGCAGCUUUUAUGGGCAAGGUUGGUAAAGAUGAAUUUGGAUACAUGUUGGCUGACAUUCUGAAAGAAAACAAUGUGGACAAUUCCGGGAUGCGUUUUGAUCCGCAUGCGCGGACUGCAUUGGCAUUCGUUACACUAAGAAGUGACGGGGAGCGAGAAUUCAUGUUCUACCGCAACCCAAGUGCUGAUAUGCUUCUUCAGGAAAAAGAACUUGAUGUAAAUCUAAUUAAAAAGGCCGGCAUAUUUCACUACGGAUCAAUUAGUUUGAUUGAGGAACCGUGCAGAUCAGCUCAUCUUGCGGCAAUGGACAUUGCCAAAAGGGCCGGUUGUAUACUCUCUUAUGACCCGAAUCUGAGAUUGCCACUGUGGCCAUCUGCAGAGGCUGCUCAGAAAGGCAUUAUGAGCAUAUGGAACCAAGCUGAAAUUAUUAAGAUAAGCGAGGAAGAAAUUGAAUUCUUAACCGGAGGUGAUGAUCCUUAUGAUGAUGAGGUGGUCUUGAAAAAGCUUUACCACCCCAAUCUGAAGCUUCUGCUUGUAACUGAAGGGCCAGCAGGCUGCAGAUACUACACAAAGGAAUUUAAGGGUAAGGUUGCAGGUAUCAAAACUGAUGCUGUUGAUACUACCGGUGCCGGUGAUUCUUUUGUUGCUGCCAUACUCAACAGUUUGGGUUCAGACAUUAAUCUGUACAAGGAUGAACAAAAACUUAGAGAAGCUCUCUUGUUUGCCAAUGGUUGUGGUGCCCUGACAGUGCAAAAGAAAGGAGCUAUUCCUGCACUGCCUACAAAAGAAGCUGUGAACCAACUUCUUCAACAAACCACUGAUUGAUAAAAUUAUAAAGGAUUAACCAAUACAUCAUAAAAACUUAAUAUUCUUUAAAAACACAGAAAAAAAAAAACUAUAAUUGUUAUUUUUGAUAAAUUGUUUGCGUGAUAGAGAAACCGGGUUUGAGGAUGGAUGUCCUUGGAGGUGGAAUCUGCAGGUGCUAAAACUUCUGGUGGUGCUGCACAUUUUGGAGAUGAUUUGAAAUCAUUUUAGCGAAGUUGGGGUUUGAUUUGUGGUUCAGAUUAGGAGAAGCAGGUAAAAUAGGGUGGCUCAUGAGUUUUUUACCCUUCACCCCACCCUAUCUCAUGCCUUGGGUGACUCAUGAGUUUUUGGCUUUCCAUAUUUGCCUCUGCUAGUAGUAAUUGGCUGUAUCUCCCUAACACUGUACUUCUUUUAUUCACAUCCAUGUAUCAACGCUGCAAUGUGUUCUAUAUACAAUACUUUCCAUUGUUAUCCA